UCGGCUCCGAGCGCACGCGCACGCUGCUCCGCUCUGGGGCGGGCGGCUUUCCCUCGCCUCCCGCAGCGCGCAGGCGCAGAUAGUAAUUGAGGCUCCCGAGUUGAGGCGCCGAGGCCGGCCGCGGUGCGCUUAUAGCGGAUCCCCACGUGAAGGGCCGACAUCGCAGGCGCCAGUAGAGCCAUGCUGGGCUUGGACAGUGGAUUCAUGAUGGGUCGAAUUAUGCCCAAAGCACUCUUGGUGGCCUUCAUGGCCCUCCUUGUCCUGCACAUGGCAAGCUGCCAACAAGACUUCCAUUCCAGAAAACAGCAGAAGAGGGACCCCCCAGCUGAUUUCCUGUCCCAAACAGGGUCAGCUAUUCGGGAGACCAUGGACGCCUGGAUCGGGCCCGAGAUCAUGCAUGUCGUGACUGAGACCGUGUCUCAAGCUCUGUGGGCCAUCUCCUCUGCCAUCUCCGUGGCUUUCUUCGCUCUCUCUGGGAUCUCUGCACAGCUCCUGAAUGCCAUGGGGCUGAAUGGUGACCACCUUACCCAAGGCUUGAAGCUCAGCCCUGGCCAAGUACAGAGCUUCCUCCUGUGGGGAGUGGGGUCCCUCGUUGCCUACUGGGUGCUGGCGCUGCUCCUGGGCUUGCUGUUGGCUCUGCUGGGCCGCAUCCUGUGGGGCCUGAAGCUGGUCAUCUUCCUCGUGGGCUUCGUGGCCGUGGUCAGGUCUGUGCCAGACCCUUCCAUCAGGGCCCUGAUGCUGCUGGGGCUGCUGACCCUGUACGCCCUGCUAAGCCGGCUGACCGGCAGCCGGGCCUCGGGAGCCCAACUGGAGGCCAAAGUUCGGGGCCUGGAGAGGCAGGUGGAAGAGCUCCGCUGGAGGCAGCGCAGAGCCGCCAAGGUGACCCGCAGCGCUGAGGAGUGAGGGGGUGUGGGGCGGAGGCGAAGGAGCCCUGGAUGUCACUGCCGGUGUCAUCACACCAAAGAGCUGAGCUGCUUCUGGAUCCCGGAGCCCUCCGCCUGCCCCCAGCCAGGAGAUGAAGGCUGACUCCCCUGCUCUCUGCCCAUCCCUCUUGCCCUCUCCAGGGCCCUUCUUUCUAAGAGGGUCUCUGUUGUAUUGGUUCCUGAAGCUUAGCCCAGCAGGGCCAUGGAGAGUUGGGAGAGGGUCUGACCAUUCUCCAUCUCCCGUUCCUACCCUUAAAACAUACCACUGCCAUGGCCUUCACAGAGACCUCCAGACACGAGUGGCAUGGACGGGCCUCAGUGCAGCAUGCCCCGCCUCUUUCUCUCUGCUGUCCCGGGACCCCAGCCUUCGGUGCCCCUGGCCCCUCUCGCUUUUGACCCCUUCCUUGCUUCCCUUUGGCCCUCCUGGCCCAUGCCCUGCAGGCAGCCCCAUGUGUCCUGUGCACUGCCACCUGGUGGGGAGGAAACAUGAGCUGGUCCCUUGAGGAGGGCUGGAAUCAGAAGCCCCUGAGGUCUUAGGGAUUCAGAUUUGGGGCCGGGAUGGGUGUAAAAUCUGUGACAAGUGCCUUCAAUCAAGCCAGCAGUGCCUGCUUCUUGCCUGCUGUACGUUAGGAAUGUGUAUUAUGGUGUCCAGAAAGGAGGAGCCUCCCAGAAUCCUGACACCAUGCCAACCAAAGAGCCCCCGCUGAGCGAGCUAGGGAGUAUUGCAGCCUCUCCAGUCUGUUCUGGUGGUUAUUGAGUGCCCCUGGGCCUGUAAGGAGUAAGUGCCCCAUGGUGUGGAUCCAUCAGAACCCACUUGGGAUUUUGGACACUGCCCCCCCGCCCCCCAGCUCCCAACUCUUCUUUCAGGAGAACCGGGAUAGCAGCCUGAAACCAGCUGCCUUGUUACCCUCCCCUCCAGCAUCACUGCCCAGCUAGGAGGCCUGUGACUAACCCGGGAGUCUGGGAGAGGUGAGGGCAAGGGGAGAGUGGCAGCUUCUGCCAUGAAGCCUGGUGAGGGGGCCCAGCGCAGGUUAGGGCUGCAGUCUGACAGUGCCCUGAAGGAAAAUGCCCAGGGAUUGAUGAGGCAUCAGCUGCAAGUGAUCUCUAUUUUUAUUGAAGCUCUUUGGGUUUUAAAUUAAAAAAUAAAUGCACGCUAUUUUAUCUUGUUCCAUAUAAAACAUGUUUAAUCAAA